GCCACAUAUAAAUAUCAGUACCUGAGCCAGAAAAACAAACAUUCAGAAGCUUUUAACUAAGACUGCAAGAGUGUGUCUACCCUGAGCGAAAUGGCUAGAGCAUUAGUGCUGUUGUCGGUGGUGCUGGUCAGUUUGAUGGUGAACCAGGGGAGAGCAUCAGAUAACCAGCGGCUCUUCAAUAAUGCAGUCAUUCGUGUACAACACCUGCACCAGCUGGCCGCAAAAAUGAUUAACGACUUUGAGGAUAGCCUGUUGCCCGAGGAGCGCAGACAGCUGAGUAAAAUCUUCCCUCUGUCUUUCUGCAAUUCUGACUACAUUGAGGCGCCCACUGGAAAAGAUGAAACACAGAAGAGCUCUAUGUUGAAGCUCCUUCGCAUCUCUUUCCGCCUCAUUGAGUCUUGGGAGUUCCCCAGCCAGACCCUGAGCGGAACCGUCUCAAACAGCCUGACCGUCGGGAACCCCAACCAGAUCACUGAGAAGCUGGCCGACUUGAAAAUGGGCAUCAGUGUGCUCAUCAAGGGAUGUCUCGAUGGUCAACCAAACAUGGAUGAUAACGACUCCCUGCCACUGCCUUUUGAGGACUUCUACUUGACCAUGGGAGAGAACAACCUCAGAGAGAGCUUUCGUCUGCUGGCUUGCUUUAAGAAGGACAUGCACAAGGUCGAAACCUACCUGAGGGUUGCAAAUUGCAGGAGAUCCCUGGAUUCCAACUGCACCCUGUAGAGGGUGCCUUUGUAUUGCUAGUCAGUGCCUGCAAAUCUAAGACUAGUUUAAGUCCUUAAAACUUCCUUAAGUAAUUAUGAUCUGGUCUUAUAUAUGCAGGAAUUGUCAACCAAGCAUGGCUAGCCCUGUCUUUUCUUUUUCCCUCCUAUAUUUAAACCUUAUCUACCACUAUUGUAUUUAUUCUUCUCAUUAGGGAAUGCUCUUAAAUUAAAGCUGUUCCUUAAAAACGUAAAGGAUGGAUCUGAUUUCACAGUGGUGCUUAUGGCAAUAUAUUUUCAAAUGUGGCCAGAUUGACCUUAGUCAAAGAGCUUACAAUACAUACAAUAUUAUUGCUCAAAAAGACUAAAGAUUAGUGUUACCUCGAAAUUGUAAUUUAAAUCGAUGGGUUCACUCUUGUAUGCAUGUAACCAUUUGUUUGUCUCAUAGAUAUGCCCUUAUUAUUAGCGCAUCCUAUUCUCAAGUUCUGUGUCUUUCUCCAUUAAAGUUUUAAAUUGCAUCCAA